AUGGACACUGCACUGUCCGUGACCGGCUCCACCGUCGACAGUGCCUUGCAAAGUUACGCCGAUGGCAAGACUGAGCCGGCGAAAUUCAAGGAAGAAGCCUUGCCUGGCAUCCAUCUGGUCGCGGCAAAGUCCAUGGAUAAGGUAAAGCCCUUGGUGCACGACGUCAUGGGCGAGCUGAGACCUGCGCUGAGCCAAGUAGCAGAGUGGCUCGGAUCUUUCAGCGCCAAGAUCCAGGAUACGUUGGAAGAGUUCGGAACCGUCUCCGAUCGCGCCCAGAAGUUGUUUGACCAGGUCAUGCAGCAAAUGGCUUCUUCUGGCGGCAUGUACGAGGAGAUGGUGUACGACACCUACCACAUCUUCGAUCCAUAUGAUGACGGUAUAGAUGUAGAGGAGCUCCAGCAGGCUGCCAACCAGUAUGGCAUCACAUCGCUACAGGGGCAGAAGGCCGAGCAGCUCAUGAAGAAGUACAACACUGACCAGAAGGGGGGAAUUGACAUCCACGAGUACGAGAAGCUCGUGACAGAUCCAUCCCUUCCAGGCUUGAUGACGACCAUCCUCCGCACCUAUUCGAACAGGCUUGCUUCUGUGGGAUCGGAGCUGAAGGUGGUCAAGAUGCGAGCAGAGGUGGCGUCAGCGGUCGUCGACUACCUGACCUUGGUGUGCAGCAAAAACCUCACCAAGGUUGGCUGGGUGACCGGCCGCCUUGUCAGCGGCGAACUCCCGCUGGAGUUCACUGCUGACGUCUUCUACGAGUUGUACAAGGCGAAGACGGACACCAACAACGGAUCGCCCAUCGACGUUGGAUCUCUGAUUAUCAAUUACACCUUGCGCGAGAACGCACAGCAGGUGAUCGCAGCCGUGGACUUGCUUGCCACGCCUGCCUUCUUCGCCGAAGAGGGCUUCGACAUCACCAUUGCAGACGAGACCGUUAGCCAGGUGGUGACCUGGAUCGAGAUGUCCGACUUCGGAAAGGCCGCUCUCUUGAAGCUCGCGAAGGUGAAGCCCAGCAAUGGCCAGACCUUUGCGGAGGCCUAUGAUGAGGAGGUGAAGGCGCGGGAAGUGAAGUACUCUGCUGCCCAUGGCCUGGGCACUCCAGAAGCCAACAGCUAUCACACCCAGGCGGCGGAGAGGCUGAGGAAUGUGCUCCUUGGCGGCUCGGCGGCCUCAGCAGCAUCCGAGGACCCAGAUGCCGCCCAGGCGGCCGGAAGCUCCCAGCCGGCCAAGCCGGAAACUCUGAGGUUUGCGGCGGAGCUUAGCCUGAAUGUGACGCAGUCGGUGAAGGACUUCAACGAGCAGUGCUACGAAUAUUCCGGCACCUCCUCCAACCCUCUCGAUUCGACCUGCAAUAGCAUCAACGGAAUGGUCAAGAAGACUCAGAGCUUUCUGACCUUGAUGAACAACUACGCGGGUCCUGGUGGGCCCGAGUACAUAGAGAAGCAGGCGGACAACUUCAUCAACGGAAGCCUGCAGGACAUGGUCCUCCUCUCCGGGGAGCUCAUCGAUGAGGGCAUCGCCUCCGUCCAGUGCUCGGCAGGCAAUGCUGCUGCAUGCAAAUCGAUCCCAGAGACAGACUACACCAUGCACCUGAGUGGGGGGACCACCUUCCUCACGGACACCAUGAAGGAUUUGCAGAGCGCUCUUCCCCAGGUGAUCAAGGCUUUGUCGACAGCGAAGAAGGAAGUAUCCACCAUUAGUGGGGUCAUCAACUCCAUCUCGCAGAUGCUUGGACUCAAAGCGCCUCCGCUCAUGGAGAAGAUUGCCAAGCUGUACAAGAUAGUGUGGAUUACCUACUUUGUCUUCUUCUUCCUCUUCAGCUUCACAAUGCUCUUCUAUGGCUUCUGGGCCAACGGAUGGUUUGGUGGUCCGAAGGCAGACAUCCCGGAGUCCGAGUACGAGCCGCCGCGGACCUUCUUCGAAAGAAUCAGGACUUGCUGUGGCAGCUGCUUGGCCUGCUGCCGCAGCUGCACCAGUGGGCACCUUUGCUUCUGGUCGCUGCUUCUGCUAGCGCAGGUCGUUGUCCUGAUCAUGUUCAUCAUCUCACUGGUCAUCUGCCUGCUCACGGGCAUCCAGGCCUUCUUUGGCGCCGGCUGCUCGAAGAUCUACCUCAUUGGCGACGAAGCCGUCUGCACUGCCGUGCUCUCCAUCUUCAAGGUCUUCCUGAAGACGUUCGGCUUUUCUGAGCCCAUCGAGCAGACAUGCGGAUCGAAGAGCUUGCUCACGUGCAAGAUUAUCCGCGACUCCGUGUUCCACACGGCCAUCUUCGUGAUCAUUGGAGCCUUGCUAGCGUCGGUUUUCUCGUUUCAGAUGCUUUUGGACUCUGCCACCAAGCACGAGCGCGCGCGAUGUGCGCGAGCUUGGGAGGAGGAAGGUCUUGACAAGAAGGGUGAGUGA